AAAGUGAAGAUUGAAGAACAAGCGAUUAGUUAGUGCUUUCAAAACAAAAGGAACAGUGAGAUAAAUUUUGGCGGGAAGGAAAAAUGGAGGUCGGCGGAGGAGGAGAUGGAGGUUUUAGUCCUCGCGCCACCGUAGAAGACAUACAGAGACGGCUGCUUCGACCGUCGUCGAUUCACUCUCCACCUCCGACGCCGUUUUCUCGCGGCAAAGAUGUUCAAGGUCGAAAUUCAUCGCAGUUCGAGGCGAAUGCCAUGGGGCUUUAUCGUAAACGAGAAGCAAAAGAAGGAGAAACUGCGAGCAGGAAGAGGAAACUCGAAGAUUACUUGGAUCCGGUUCUUCUCUCUGCGGUUUCUUCGAAGAUCAGUCGUGCGCAGAAGGUUCCUAAGAUGACGGUAAAGAGAGAGGUUAGGGAUUUUGAGUGGCCCGUCGCUGAAUUGAGGAUGUUGAUGGAUGAUUCGACGGUCGGAAAGGGGAAAACUAAUACUGUUAAUCUCGGGACUUCUAUCAAAGCACAAAAUCCGUGCUGGAUUGUAAUUAUCGGCCGAGAGGACUGAUUCGGAGGGAUCCGCGGAGAUUUGCGGUCAAGUAGAAGGAUAGCAUGCGACGGCACGCAUCUCUGAGGCUACCUGUGGCCACGCCCUUUGAAGGUAUCAGAAGGCGCAAUACUGGUACCUUGCUUUCCCCUUCUGAUGCUUCUGGAUUGCCAUUUU